AUGCUCUUUUCAAAAGCACUUCCAAGCAAAGAUGGUGAUAUUAUUAUAACUUCCUUACCAAAAUCUGGUACUACUUGGCUGAAAGCCCUUAUCUUUGCCAUUGUGAAUAGGAAUCAUUUCUCUCCCUCACAAAAUCAUCCUUUGCUCAUUUCCAAUGCUCACGACCUUGUUCCUCACUUAGAAUUCAACCUUUAUGAAAUUGGUCCAUUUUGGACGCAUAAUCUGGGUUAUUGGGGGAAAAGCAAAGAGACACCAAACAAGUUUCUGUUUCUAAAGUAUGAGGAAUUGAAAGGAAACAUCAAGUUCUACUUGAAAAGAAUUGCUGAGUUCUUGAAUUGCCCGUUUGACUUGGAGGAGGAAGAAAGUGUUGUCGUCGAUAAAAUUAUUGAGCUGUGUGACUUUGAGAAGAUGAAGGAAUUGGAGGUAAACAAAAUGGGAAAAUUUAUGCAGAGGCUUGAUUACAAGGACUUCUUUAGGAAAGGUGAGGUAGGAGAUUGGGUGAAUCAUUUUUGCCCUUGGAUGGAAGACAAAUUGUCCAAAGUGAUGGAAAAGAAGUUUUCUGGUUCUGGUUUGUCCUUUUAA